AUGGAUGAUGUAGUGCUUCACGACUUUGGCUUUGUCAAAGUCACUGGGCACGGAGUGAGCAAUGGCGAGAUUCGCGAGGCCCUAGACUGGACGCAGAAAUUAUUCAGAUUGUCAUAUGAUGAAAAGAUGAAAGCCCGGAACCCACCAGGUCCAAUGCCACAUCGGGGCUAUUCUGGUACCGGCAAAGAAAAAGUGUACUCCAAGGAGGACGUUGAGUUGCUCAAGAAUGACAGCGGUGAUGUCGGCAAGGGUCUGCGCAAGAUUUCAGACUACAAGGAGAGCUAUGAGAUCGGCAGCGAACAUGACCCGGUGCAAGAGAAUAUUUGGCUACCAGAAGAAGUGCUUCCCGGCUACAGGUCCUAUAUGAGUGGAUGGUACGAGCGUCUAGCUGGCGUUAGCAAGCUGCUGCUGCAAAUCAUUGGUCUUGGCCUGGAGAUUGAACCCGACACUGAAGCCCAUCGCCAAUUGCUAAAUCUUAUUUCGGACCGGCACUGUCAAUUGCGUCUGCUGCACUAUCCUCCAAUCAGCAAGGACAAAUUGGAGAAUGAGAUGCUGGCCAGACUGCCGGCUCAUCACGAUUGGGGCACAUUUACCUUGCUAUUUCAGGAUGAACGUGGGGGCUUGGAGCUUCAAGACCCUAAGACGAAGGCAUACCUGUCGGCAGAGCCUGAAGAGGGAUCUCUGGUACUGAAUGUCGGAGAUAUGCUGCAGCGCUCUACGAAUGAUUACUUCAUCUCGGCUCUGCACCGUGUCACGGUUCCAACCCUCGACAAGGUGCCUGCUCCUGGGCUACCACCCCGCUACUCAAUACCAUUCUUCACGUGUCCAGACUUUGCGAGUACUGUCGCCACUUUGCCCAAAUUCAUCACGGAGGAAACCCCUGGCAAGUAUGAGCCAGUCAGAUUCGACGAGUAUGGCUCGAUAGUAAGCAAGUAUCAAUACCAGGGAGAGUAG